AUGGAGGCCUCUCGGGUUUCCGCCGCUCUCGACAAUGCAACCACAGCAACACUGUCUGAGAAGCGCUCCGAGAAACACGCAGAGGAGGUGACAACGGCUCCGAUCAUCUACGCGGAUUAUCACAGCCGCAAAAACCCCUAUGCCUCGCUACUUUACUUGCCCAUGGAACUACAGUUUCUCAUCGGCUCUCAUCUCGACUAUGGCGACUUGCAGAACCUACGCUGCACCAAUCAGUUUUACCGUCAACUCAUCGACAUCAACUUUGUGCGAACAUGUCUGGGCUCUCUCGCAACCGACAAUUCGCUACGUUUUGUCUGCCGCAGUUGUCUGCGCUACGACGGCACCGGCCGUCGGCUGCUGUGGCCACUCGCGCCGUGUGCUCAGCCUGCGCCGUCCGACGGUGAGGUGUCAGAUGACGGCGCGUCUAUCGAGGCCCCGCCGGCGACUAGCAUGACCUACUGCCCCGAUCCCAGCGUCCCACUUGCCGCGAACUGCGCCGACUGCGCCGUCCGCCAGGGCCAGCUUUGCCCCGGCGAGUAUGUCCUGACCGAGGGUGGCGAGCGUAAGGUUCGCGUGUGCCGCUGGUGCGGCUGGCCUUGCACCAAUGACCCCGCGAAGGAAGAGUACUGGCCACGGUCUGCCCGUGAACUGCAUCCGCGCUGCGCCCAGAUUUACCAGAUGGUCAUGGUAGGCUACUACAUUCUGGUGUGUAUCCGGUCCGGCAUUGCUUUCGUCACCUAUAUCCUUCUGUGGAGGUUAUUUGCGGACAACCAAGUUGUUGUCGUGCCGAGUGUGAUGGCGUUCCUUCUCAUGGGUGUCAUCCUCUUUAUUCUCUGGCUGCGUGGCCGUGAGGUUAGAACAUAUCAUAUCGUUGGCAGUCUUGAGUUCACCAUCCUGGGUCUCGGCAUCCCGCCCCUCUAUGUCAUGAUUAGAGAGAUGCAGGCCGAGUAUGAUGCCGGCAAGGUUGCUGCUGAAGUGUUGCUUAUCAUGCAUCUCAUCAUCCGCUUGAUCAAUGUGCUGGGCAACAUUGUUCUCUUCUUCGAGUAUGAUGUGACGAAACAUCACGCGCCGGGCCUUUCACCCUUGCGACGCCAUCUUAUCAACCCCCUCGUCGCUGGGCUUGUAUUCUGGACGUCGCCUCGCGCGUUGGAGAACUUGUGGAUCGGUCGCGGGAAGCAUUCUCGCCACAAGUCAUUGCGCCGGGGGCUAGGCAAGUUCCUCAAGAACGCGCAGAGCGGUCUGGGCGAGUUUUGGUUGUUCCAGGGCAGAGAGCCGUCCGCUCAUCCGGCGACACAGCACUGA